ACGGCGUCGUGGUCGCGAAAGAUGGCGGGGCGAAGUGUUGGUUCCCGGAGACGGAACGUUUCAGGCACUCCGGUCCCGCCGCGAGUUCAGCAACCUGUUGCGUCUCGACCGGACCUCCUUGCCAGGGAGGAAGAAUAUAAGCGUUUGAAUGCAGAAUUAGAGGCAAAAACAGCUGAUCUGGUUCGUCAAGCUGAGGAAGUAAUAAGAGAUCAGCGAGAAGUACAAUCAAGGCCGGUCUCAACACAAAUUAAAUCAUAUGAAAAGGAAGAGGAUUGCAGUUUAAGAGGUCUGUUGUCUGAAGGGAUCGUUCAUCUACAUUCACAAACUAAGCCAAAGACCGAAAAUGUUGAUGCAGUAAACAAGGUUCAAAAUAAACUGCGCUCUGCGAAUAAAGGAAGGAAAACAAAUUCAAGUAUAAAAUUGAAAUACUCUGAUGUACAGACUGCCAAUGAUGUUGCUAUUCCAGAGGAUUUUUCAGACUUUUCUCUUGCAAAAACAAUUAGCAGACUUGAAGGGCAACUGGAGGAAGAAGGUUUGCCUGAUUAUAUAGAUGAUGAUAUUUUUUGUGGUGUUAGUAAUGAUAUUGGAACAGAAGCCCAGAACAGAUUUUUAAAGGCCAAACUCCGUGUUAUGCAGGAGGAAUUGGAUAAUGUUGUAUAUGAAUGCAAUAAAAAGGAAAAUGAAAUUCAGGAUUUAAAGUCUCAGAUAAAAAACUUUGAAGAAGAUUGUGUGAGACAGCAGCGAACAAUUAAUUUGCAACAGUCUCAAACAGAAAAAUAUAAAACUCUUUUUGAAGAGCUAAAUAAAAAAUGUGAUGGAUUACAGCAACAGCUGUCUUCAGUAGAAAAGGAAUUAGAAAAUAAAAGAAGACUACAAAAACAGGCUGCCAGUAACCAAAGUGCUACAGAAGUUCGGUUGAAUAGAGCUCUAGAAGAGGCAGAAAAGUAUAAACUGGAGUUAAGUAAAUCAAGGCAAAAUAACAAGGAUAUAGCCAAUGAGGAACACAAAAAAAUUGAAGCAUUAAAAUCAGAAAACAAGAAGCUAGAAAAACAGAAAGGAGAAUUAAUGAUAGGGCUCAAGAAACAAUUAAAAUUAAUUGAUGUUUUAAAAAGGCAGAAGAUGCAUAUUGAAGCUGCCAAGAUGCUGUCUUUCACUGAAGAGGAAUUUAUGAAGGCAAUUGAAUGGGGAAAUUCAUAAAUGAUCUACUUUAUAAUUAAAGUAUACAGACUUUGUAUGUAUAACUGUAUGAUCCAUAUACAUUUUAUUUAACUAUAGUUUUAAUGAUUUAUUUUUACUCUUUGUAAGUAAUGAAGAUAUUUGGUAAUGAAAUCAAAGCAAUUCCAGUGAAUUCCCUGUUCAGAUUUAGGGGAUACAAAAUUGAUAUGUAAUUAUUAUAAAAAGGUAAUAUUUUGUAAAAUAAUAGGAUUUAACUUUUGAUUCUUAUGACCCACUUGCCCUCUAAUGUAAAGUACUUUAUGUUCUGGAGAUUCAGCUCUAGUUCAUAAAUGAUAAAAACAGAAUUUCUAUCAAUCACAUAAAUUUUUUAUUGACAAUAAAGCACUUUGAAAUUCCUCA